AUGACAAGUCUAGUUUUGACAGGGGAAAAUGUAAGGGAUGUCUGCUCUAUUUACGUCAAUGGAGGUAGGAAUGUUGCAGUUCAACAACCUGCUGUUCAAGACAGUACGUAUGGAAUUUCUUCAAACGCUUCUAAUGCUGUAGACGGUAACAGAACAAGUGAUUGGUACCAGAAGUCGUGUAUACAUACCGACAAACAGAUAUCAAAAGGAACACCUCAUUACUGGACAGUUAAUUUCAGUGGUGAAGCAUACAGUGUCAACAGAUAUGUUUUAUACACCAAACCUUGCUGUCCAGAAAGAAUCAGUGGGUUUAAACUAACAAGUUGGAACAACAAAAGUGACCAAGUGUUCACAUACACGGCUCCUAAGACACUGGCACUAGUCCACACUGUUGUAUCUGGAUCACGUGAUGUUGCUCGUGUCAACGUCACAUUAGAUGAAGAAUAUUUAAAUUUUUGUGAGGCCGAAAUUUAUGGAGUCAACAUAUGCCCAAAGAACAAAUACGGCCUAGACUGUACUAAAGAAUGUAACUGUGUCAACAAUGAACAAUGUCACGUGGACACUGGUACCUGUCCAUCUGGCUGUGCUCCAGGCUACACAUUUGAAGGAUGUCAGACUGAGUGUAGUGCAGGUACAUGGGGUGAUGACUGCCGAAACUCUUGUAGUGUGAACUGUUCUAACAAAGACAGCUGUAACCAUAAGAACGGCACGUGUGAUGGAGGUUGUGUUGAAGGGUUUAAACCUCCUUUGUGUAUUGAAGAAUGCAACAACAGAAUGUGGGGUGUCAACUGUUCUAAAACCUGUAACAGUAACUGUCUUAAUGAAAUUUGUCAUUCGGUUAUUGGCACUUGUUUGAAUGGUUGUAAACAAGGUUUCCAAGGGAAUCAAUGUUCACAAGAGUGUAGUGCAGGUACAUGGGGUGUUGACUGCCGACAUUCUUGUAGUGUGAACUGCUCUAACAAAGACAGCUGUAACCAUAAGGACGGCACGUGUGAUGGAGGUUGUAUGACAGGGUUUAAACCUCCUUUGUGUACUGAAGAAUGUGAUGAAGGAAAUUAUGGCAUUAACUGCACUACAACAUGCAACAAGAACUGCAUUGAGGACGUGUGUAACGCAGUUAACGGCACUUGUUUAAGGGGUUGUAAAGCAGGAUACAAAGGAUACGAUUGUUCAGAAACACAAACUGCAAGUGUAAAUGAGGACAGUAGUUCAACAAGCGUAGCUGCUGUUGUGGUGGUUGUGUUAGUUCUUGCAGCGGCGUGUACUACUGCUGUAAUAAUAUUUUACAGAAGAAGGCACGGCAAACAAAGACCUAAGAUAAGAGAAGUAGAUCUUGACAAAACAGAGGAUGAUCACAGCUAUAUGCCUCGCCAUGACAGUAAUGAGAAUACGAUCUUAGCUUCCACUACAGCUCAGUUUGAUGACAAGGAAACAACGAAGCAAGUAGUUGAUUCCAAUAGUGGAUACUACAAUAUUAUUUCUGUCAAAGUAGAUACAUCCAUUGCUAUCAAAGAACUAAGUGAUUUUAUGAGCACUCAUAAUAAACAGUUCUUUGAACAACAGUUUAAGAGUGUACCAGCUCCCAAAGAUGUUUCAAAAAGUGUUGGGUUAAGUGAGUUAAACAAACACAAAAACAGAUUCAAGGACAUUUGUGCCUAUGACCAUUCAAGAGUCCAUCUUCAAAUAAAAACAGAUGACCAUGAAGGCGACUAUAUUAAUGCUUGUUAUGUUGAGGGAUAUAAAAAUGAGGAAAGAUUUAUAGCAUCUCAAGGACCCAAUCGCUUGAUUUUGAAUGACUUUAUAAGAAUGUUAUGGGAACAAAAAGUUGAUAAAGUUGUGAUGCUGACUAAUCUUUUAGAGGAAGGAAAGAUAAAAUGUGAGCAGUACUGGCCAGAUGAAGACGAGGCUACAUUUGGUCUGAUCACAGUCAAACUGACAGUCACUGAUGUGUUCGCUGACUACACCAUCAGACAAUUUAUUCUAAAUAAAAAAGGCCAUCCUCCACACUCAGUGAAACAAUUCCAUUUUACAUCAUGGCCUGACCAAGGUGUUCCAUUAACUCCAUGGGCUCUUGUAGAGUUUGAGCAGAGAGUGGCAUCACAGCCCACAGCCACACCUACUGUUGUACAUUGCAGUGCUGGUGUGGGGCGUACUGGAACCUUCAUAGCUCUACGUCACGUGAUGAAAGAAGCUGAGGACACUGGACGCAUGGAUUUCUUUAAAACUUUAAUCAAACUCAGACAGGCCAGAGUCUUGAUGAUACAGACUGCUGAACAGUACGAGUUUCUACAUAAGGCAGCUUGUGUUGCCUUGGUGUGUAUGAAAACAACUGUCGCGUCCUGUGAUGUUGGGGAAAGAAUUCAAUUUCUACACACAAAAACAAAGUCAGGUCCAAGUCAUAUGCAGAAAGAAUUUGAGGCAGUGUGUGGCUUGUGUCAAAAUGUGGAUGAUGGUCACAAAGAAUCUGAUGUAGGUGAUGUUUACCAGAACACAAGUACUGCAGUCAAGCAACAGAAGAACAGAAAUACACAGAUUUUACCACACGAAAUGUACAGAGCACAGCUUGCUGCAGAUACAGCUAAUGCAAGCGACUAUAUAAAUGCUGUUCUAAUUCCAAGUUUUAGAAAAACUAGACAUCAAAUUUUAACACAGCUACCCCUCCCUUCAACUGUGGUUGACUUUUAUAGACUGGUAACUCAGUACAGAGUGUCUCUGGCUGUGGCGUUUGAUGGGGAUGUUCAGUCACAAGAUUCCCAAACACUAGGAAAUUACCUACCUGUGAGUACAACCGAACCAUUAAAAUGUGAACCUUUUGUGAUUUCAAGCAGUGAAAUCAAGGGAGAUAAUAUCCUGGACGAGCAGAAACUGACUAUUAAUAAAAUCUCUGAUGCAAAUGUGCUUAGUUAA